AUGGUCGUCAGCCUGCGCGGUGGUGCCAAGAUCCCGCCUCUGAUCAACUACCCGCUGGCCAACAUCCCCAAGGACAGGCUUGCCCAGUUCAAGAAGGCACCAACAGCUCCAGUCAAAUUGACUCCCCUCUACGGUUUCCAAGGCAUGGUCCACUUCAACCAUCACAAACCUACGAGCCUUGCCGAUGCUCUGGACCGCCUUCUCGGCCUCGGCAAUCGCAACCGCGUGCACGUCACCUUUGCAAUGUACGAGCGCAAUGCGGACUCCAGCGGUAAGAAGAAGCCGCCAAUCAUAAAGUCUGGUGUCUCCCUCCAGACAGAGAUGCUCUACCAGGCGGAGAUGCAGGUGCUGGGCUGGGUCAACAAAUAUGUGACGGAUCCCGCCUAUGACUCCAAGUAUGCGUUGUUCGUAUGCGCCAUGAAGGAGCCGCUGCCUCAACACUGGGAGCCGGUCGACAUGACGAAAGAGCGCGUCCUGCGUCUGAAGCUGCCUGUCGGAACCCCUCUGGACCGCGGCGAUUGUGCUUACAUCCGCGUACCUACCAAGACCGUCGGGGUGUGGCACGAGAACAUCUACGGUCCGUGGAUAGAGGCUGCGGCACGGCUGUUGUGGUGGGACAGGACUCCCAAUCGCUAUAUCCAUCCCGAGAUCCCAGAUGCCCUCAUCGGCGGCUCCACGACCAAGCCAGAGAGUUCGUACGGCGCGCAGUCGUUUCCGGCCGACGUGUUCAAUGACCUCAUCACGGCAUGGGAGGUUGGCCGAGUGGCUCAGAACCUGCAUAUGACCGAUUUCUCCCCUCCGCAGCGUCCAGCCUGGGCGAUCUAUAUGCCGGGCUACUACGUGUCCAAGCUCGAGGAUCUCGACUAUGUGCAUCCCGGCCAGACCGAGUCUGCCGAGGUUACGAUCGAAUCAGUUGUCAAGAAUGCGCUGCAUCCAGCCCAGUUCCUGGCUGUCACGCACAUCGACGCGUGGCUCCCCGGUACCGCAUUCUACCUCCCCGGUGAAAGUGAGAAAGAAGUGUACCCCAUCAUCGUGCAGCACCAGGGCCGCAAGUCUUCGAAGCAGGGGAAGAUCGAUUCCACUAUCAAAGAACUCCAUCGCAUGAGGAUCCCUGACACCGGGAACGAGAGGGGGAGCGGCUACGCCCCUUUUAUCGUCAUCCGCCCCCGGUUCGGAGGGCCAGAGGGUUACACCGUCUUCGACUCGGACAACGGCAGCAUCAGCUUCACUCUAACUGAUGGGAUGACCCUAGCCAAGUUCAAGGAAUCCGUGGCCAGCUCGAGAAAGGGCACCCCGAGUGCAAAGCAGCCCGGCGAAAAGGGGCUUAGCAUCAGUAUCUCGCACGCCUACUGCGACUGGCAGUCCCCGCCCGGGUCGGCGCCCGAGGCUGCCAGGCCGAAGAACAUUGAUCGGGCGCGGAAAUCCGGGGGGCCACUUUUGAGAGACCCCACGAAGCUCAGCUACCUCGUCACUCCGACGAUGACCGAGCACGAGUUCCAGAUCAUCUUGAGGAGGAUCACCUCGCCCUACCUGGUAUACGACGUUGUGGAGACAUCUGAAACUCCUGGCCUCGACCUCGGCAAACACCCAUGGGGGUAUAUGGACAUCUACAAGUCCAAGGGUGUCUUUGACCAAUGCAACCCGCCCGCCGUGCUCCGGUACGGCUACUACAAGGCCGAGGACAUCGGCCACGGGUUUAAGCGCGAUAUGAGCAAGUUAGCUAAGGAGCCCCCAAAGCCGCCGAAGGGGGUGCGCUUUCAGGGACAAUCGGAGAAGCCAGAAACCAGCGCCAAGAAGCCUCCAGACGGAGUCACUCCCGACUUCUAUGGCUUGAAGCCGAAACCGCCCCGCCAGCCAUUGAGCAGCCAGGAGAAGGCCCAAGUGAUGCGCGAGGCCACCUGGGACAAGGCUCCGUCGGUGCACACGCACAUGACCAUCCCGAUCAACGCGCCACCCGUCGAGGCGGUCCUGAAGACGGGGUCCGACAGCGUGCCGGCGCUCUCGCUCGGGGUGCUCACGCCGACGGAGCAGCAGAGGAUGCGCAUGGAUUAUUACGUCCUCCGCAACACCGCCCUGCAGCGCAGCCAGAAGUGCCCUUACCGGGGAUGCAGCCGGGUCUUCAAGAUCAACGACGUCGACCGGCUGCAGCAGCACCUGGACGACAUCCACGCCGGCGAGAAGUGCAACUUCUGCGACAUCACUCUGUUCAAGCACUGGAGCGACGACCAGAAACAGGCGCAUUUCAUCAACAAGCACUUUGAGUGCUUCGCCCUGGAAAACCCGUGGAAGCACGACGACGCCAUCUCGAUCCGAUCCGAGGGACGCGUCGACCUGGACCGCGAGUGGCGCUGGAACUUCUGCGCCCGCUGCGGCCGCGACCAUCGCAGCCUCGACGUCAAGGCCGACAGAACCCUCCACAACAACCUCUGCUUCCCGGGCUCGAAGCAUGGACAGCGGGACCUGACGGCGUGCUCCAAGUGCGGCAACUUUGUCAGGGCCGGGAAGACGCACACGCACAGAUGCCCGGACAGGGUGGAGGAGGACGAGCAGCCGCACUGCUGGAGGUGCGGGCUGCCCCUCGGGCUCUUCACCAGGGCGUACAGGCACAAGCACAUCGCGGGUUGCAAGGGCCGCAACAACGUCGUCGACCAGUUCUGCCCCUGGUGCGGCAUCUCCUUCGAUGACAGCCCCAUCGCCAAGCUCAAGCACCUACGACAGUGCGGCCUCCGCCCGCUCGACGCCGACGGCCCCAUCGACUUGGCGACCGGCCAGCCGUGGCCGGUCGUGGUCCCCGGGGAACAAGGAAAGCCUGGACCGGCCGCCGCCGCCGCCGCUGCUGGCCCGACCAGUACCGCGCCGGGAGGUGAUGAGGCGGCGAAGCUCUGGGAGCAGCUCCGCGAGAAGAACGAGACGCUGGCCGCCAUAUCGUACGCGCACCAGGUCACGCUUGGUCAUCUCCGCAAGAGCGAUGAGGUAAACAAGCUGUUGAAGGAGAAGUUCGAUCACCUCCACCAGACGUACAAUGAGGACGUCAAGGCCCCGUUGGUGGAGCUUCAGGCGGAGUUUGAGAAGUGGAGGAAUUCGAAAAAGGCCGCAGCAGCUCUAGCUCUUGAGACUGCCACUGCCGGGUAA